AUGGACCCCAGCGAAACGCCUGCUCUUCACCACUGCUCUGCUGACUCGCCUCCAGUGGAUGAGACGAGAGUGCCCCAGAGCACAGAGCUUAUUCCCAGGAGGCCUGUCAGCCGCUCUCCGACCUGUGCCCGCUGUCGCAACCAUGGAGUCACGGCCCAUCUCAAGGGCCACAAGCGCCUCUGCCUCUUCCAGGCUUGCGAGUGUCACAAGUGUGUUCUCAUCCUGGAACGUCGGAGAGUCAUGGCUGCGCAAGUGGCCCUGCGUAGGCAGCAGGAGGCACAGCUGAAAAGGCACCUGGCGCAGGGUCUGAUGAAAGGGGCCGCCCCUCUGAAAGCUCCCCUCCAAGUCAAGAAGGGAGCCAUCCGGCCAGGGGUCCCUUCUGGAAAGGAGAACAUGGCACCCCAGUCUCAGAGUCCCCAUGGAGCAGUCCCGCUGGUACUGACCCCCCCGGGGAAGGAGAACUAUGGGCCUCUGCUGCUCAGCCACCCCCCGGAAGCCUUGCCUUUGCCCUGGACUCCGGUGCCUCCUGGGCCCUGGGGCCCUGGACACUGGCUGCCCCCAGGUCUGUCAGUGCCACCUCCAGUGGUGUGCCGCUUGCUGUGCCAAGAACCUGCUGUCCCUCUACACCCUUUCCCUGGCUUUGACCCUGGCACCUCUCUCCGGCUGCCCACUCACGGGACCCUCCCAAGCUGCCCGGGCUCUCGCUCGGUACUGACAGCUCCACUUUCUGGAGAGCCCCAAGGACCCCCUAGCCUGCCUCACACAUGUUCAACUUUGAUACUCCAGUCCUGUGGCGCACCAGACUCUCUUCUGCGACAGCCACAGGCCCCUGGAGCUUCUUGCCUGGCCUGGACAUCUGGCCCCUCAGAGCGGCAGCUGCAGAGAGAGGCGGCUGAGGCCCUUGUGGGUCUGAAAGACUCAUCCCAGGCUCCCCGCCUGACCCCAUCCGUGCCCCCGAACCCUGCCUGGAUCUCUUUGCUCCACCCCUGUGGCCCACCAGCUCCCCCUGGGGGAAGAGGAUUCCAGCCUGUUGGCCCCCCUCUCCGGCCCAGUCCCACUUCCUCAGUCUCUCUGCAUAUUGGGCGGCUGGGCUCCAUCUCCCUCCUGAGCUAG